AAUAAAGAGAACACGAGCGCCAUUAGCUUGUUGGACGUUCUCAGGAUGACCUCGAUGCUAGCAGUGCGCAGCGCUUAUUUGGAGACUAUUAUGAUAUGAUGACGCACGAGUUUGCGGGUGCCCGGCUGCUGUGCAAAUCCCUGUGCUUGGCGUGCGACAGCGCUGCCCGCGCCACUCCCGCCCUGUGACGUUAGCCUGCCGCCCUGAGCGCGCUUCCCCACGUCAUGGACCUACAUGUGUGCCGUGCAGGCCACCAUGGGCCUUACGAUAAGCCCACGAGCAAGCAGCAGGUCGCCGACCUCGCUGGUCUCGCACUGGCGGGCACCACCGCGCAAAGCCGCGCCCGAAUCAAGCGGCUGGCCAUCACCGCUGACACCGCAACACAAACGCCUGGAGCUGGGGGUGGCAGCGCACGCGCUGUUCCAAUAGCUACCUGGGAUUGAAGAGCUUGGCAUAAGUAUCACGGAGGACUUCACAGGAUUGGGCCCGCGGAGUCCGGCGCCGAGGGCGGGGCGCUUCCAGUGCGUCGCGGAACACUGCAGCCGCCUGAACGUGUUGGACAUCGGGACGGAGUUGAACACCACUGGUCGCUGCAGGAUGCGGAGGAGCAACCGCACUGGAGCCAGGCUGCGGGAGGGUCUGGUGCCGGCCCCACCCCUAGGUCAGGCGCCGGCCCCUCCUCUGGGUCUGGCGCCGGCCGUUCCUCUGGGUCUGGCGCCGGCCCCUCCUCCUCAAGUUCUGAGACAGCAGUUUCCGCGUGACCUGCCUCGGGGACUCAAACCUCCGGCGGCGGCCUCUGGACCCCAGCGCCCGCCGCGCCAGCGAGGCCCUCCGCCUCGCUCUGGGCAGCUCCUCUGUCACUGGGAGCACGGAGGGCCUGGUGCUGGCGGCGCUGCUGAGCCCCCUCGGCGCCGCCGGCAAGGUACAGUGGCUGAACAGGCUCCUGCAGCAGGGGCUGGGGGCUCCUGGGGGCGUCUGGCCUGCAGCGCCUGGACAAGCGGGGAAGCUGGGGAUGGAGCAGCUGGGCACAGAGCUGGGUCUGGGCGGCUCCCCAGGUGACAUCGAACGACUGACAGCGAUCAACCGGACCGAUGGCAUGACUUGGUCUGAUCGGUCUGAGUUCAGCAAUGGCAGCGCAGCCGGGAGCGCUGUUUGGCCUACUGCGAGGUCAGGAGUCAUCCCGUCCGUCCGGUUGAUCGAGGGGCUUGCACUCUUGACAAUGCACUACACAUGGUCUUGCAUGACAGCACUCAUCUUGUAAGGAAGGCUUCGGGUGAUUGCGCUCUGCUGGCCCUCGUGGACGUUCUGAGCAGGACUGGUGGUAGCGGUGUGUGGGGCGGCGCUGGUCGUGGAGAUGCCGACGGCGGCGGCAGCAACUGCUGGGGCGGCGUGCAGUGGGUAGGGCUGCCGGGGUCGAUGCACGGGUACAUUAUGGUAUGGAGUUUACGGUCGGACGCGGCGGCAGUAGGAUGGGAAUCGGCCAUCCCGCAAUUGGCAAUCGGGCGGCGCGGCUGGAGCGGCUGCUGGAUCUGGAUCUGCAGAUGUCGGACCUGUAGAGCGCCGAGAGCACUGCUUAGCCCAACCCCACGUGCUGUGUUUGCGGGAUGUCAUCGAGGUGCACGGAGUCCAGGUCCAGUUGGAAUGGGAGGGGGUUUGGAGCACGGAGUAUCUAGAUGGCGGGAUGAGUGUGCGACGGGCUCUGGCGGCUUGGAGCAGGGCUGAUAUUGCGUGGAAUGAAGUAGGAUUCGUGUUGGGGCCUAGGUAAAACCGCGGGCAAGAGAUGAGAUGAGUG